CCCCCAACCAGCAGCCAGUAGGGUCUGUUCAGACCGUGGUCACACCUCACCGAUAGUCUCGCAGCUCUGACUUCACUGGUUUGAGUUUUUAUCUACAAAAAGGAUUUUUGAAUCAAAACGUGAGGACUAAAACACUAUCAGAAGCUACAUUUACAACAAAUCCUGUUUGUCAACUUGUCAUUGUGGCACAAACAUGACUGAGGUGGCACAGGUUGCAGCUGUUGACAUUCAUGAUGAUAAAAAUGAUGCAAACGACAACGAGCACAGGACGAGCGCCGAAGAAGACUCGGAGGAGGAAAUGAGACAGGAAGAGGACGAUGAGACGUUUAGCGAUGCUGAGGAGAGAAGUGAAAGGACACCACAGAGCAAAGGCAGAGAAACUAACAGAGUGAAAGACAAAACAAGUGAGGAGGUUGAGUCAACACAACUGAAUGGAGAGGAAAGCGAUGAAAGUGAGAAAAAGGAUGCUGUCAAUGGUGUUUCGGACAGUAAAGAUCAAGUACAGGAAACAGACAACUCACAGAACAUGUCUGACCUGGCUUUUAAGAAAGAGAAGCUGCUGAGGGCCAGAAGGCCAGUGGCCAGGACCUAUGUGCCGAAGCUGAACAAAGAAAAAGGAGAUGUGACAAACAAGUUUGAGGCCAUGCAGAAAGCCAGAGAGGAGCGCAGCCGGCAGAGGAACAGGGAGGAACAGCAGAAGAGGAAGGAUCAAUACGUCAAGGAGAGGGAGUGGAAUCGCAGAAAGCAGCAGAUAAAAGAACUACUUGCUUCCAGUGAUGAGGAAGAGGAGGUAAAAACGAAAAAGGUGGAAAAGUCCUACGUCCCCAAAAUCACAGGUAGUGUGAAGGGGAAGUUUGCAGAAAUGGAGAAACAAAGACAAGAAGAGGAGAGGAAGAGGAUGGAGGAGGAGAGGAAGAAGAGAGAGGCCCAGGACAACAUGGAGAAAGCCAAAAUUAAGAAGGAACUGGCUAAGAAAGCUGCUGAGGAAGGAGAUGACACAAUCCUGAUACGUGUGGUUCCAGCAAAGCAGUCAAGACCUCCAGGCAAAAUCAAGAUGAACUUCGAGGACAUUGAGAAAAGCCGGGAGGAGGAGCUGAGGAAAAAGGUAGAGGAGGAGAAGAAGAGACGGUAUGAUGAAAACAGACGCUCCUUCAGGGAAGCCAAGCGGCGCUCUAUUGUUCAACAAGAGGAUGAAGAAGAAAAACCUUCAGAGAAGUCGUCGGUGACUCCUGGAAAGCUGAAGCUGACGUUUGAGGAGCUGGAAAAGGAAAGGCAGGAGCAGCAGAGGAAGCAAGCUGAAGAAGAAGCCAAACAACGUUUGCUGGAGGAGAAGAAGGCUUUUCAGGAGGCAAAACAGGGAAUGGAAGAAGAUGAGGACGUCAGCCAGGAGGAUCAGGAGGACAAAGAGGAGAUUCGUCCUGGAAAACUGAGGCUGAGCUUCGAGGAGGUGGAGAGACAAAGAGUUGAAGAGGAGCGCAAGAGAGCAGAGAAGGAGACCAAGAGACGCAUGGAGGAGGAGAGAAGAGCUUUUGCUGAAGCAAGGAAGAGCAUGCUGAUAGAUGAAGAUGAUGAAGUGCUGAUGGCCUUGCUGAACCUAGAGGGCAGCAAACCUGGGAAAAUCUGCGCCAGCUUCGAGGACUUAGAGCGGCAGAGACGUGAGGAGGAGCAGAGGAAAGCAGAGGAGGAGGCCAAGAGGAGGCUGGAGGAGGAGAAGAGGCUCUUUGCUGAGGCUCGCAAGAGCAUGAGCCCUAUCCUGGAUCAGGAAAAAUCUGCAUAUGGAGAUGAAACAGUGCUGGAAGAUGACGAGGUGAUGGUGAAGAGUGAGUCUCAGGAGGCUCUGCACCCCAGAAAAUUGGAGAUCAACUUUGAGGAGCUCCUAAAAGAAAAGGAAGAGGCUGAGAGGAGACGCAAAGCUGAGGAGCGCAAAAAGAAACUGGAGCAGGAAAAGCAGGAAUUUGAGCAGCUCAGAAAAGAGAUGGGAGAGGAAGAAAUAAACGAAAGCUCAGACGUCAUAAGCACGGAAUACGAAGAGCUGACAAAACUCAAGAAAACUGGCUCCAUUAAGGCCAAAAACCUCAAGUCCAAAUUUGAGAAAAUCAAGCAGCUGACAGAGGAGGAGAUCCAGAAAAAGAUUGAGAUGGAACGAGAGCGGAGGAAGGCCAUUGAUGACGAAAUUAAACAGAGAGAAGCUGAAAGGGCCCAGGAGGACGAGGAAGAAGAAGAAAGAGAGGCAACUUCGGUGAGAUCUGACGACCUGCCGUUCAAACAGAAGGUGGACAUGCGGGCCCGGUUCGAACAAAUGGCCAAAGCCAGAGAGGAAGAAGAACGGAGGAGAAUAGAGGAGCAGAAGCUGCAGAGGAUGCAGUUUGAACAGCAAGAAAUUGAUGCUGCGCUGCAAAAAAAAAAAGAGGAUGACGGCGAGGAUGAAGGCAGCAUCAUCAACGGAUCUGCAGCCUAUGAAGAUGAGGAAGAUCACGCGAGGUCAGGUGCGCCGUGGUUUAAAAAGCCCCUCAAAAACCAGUCGGUGGUGGAUUCUGAGCCAGUUCGGUUCACCGUUAAGAUCACCGGAGAGCCAAAGCCAGAGGUCACCUGGUGGUUUGAGGGAGAGAUGCUCCAGGACUGUGAGGACUAUCAGUAUAUCGAAAGAGGAGAGACAUACUGCCUCUACCUGCCGGAGACCUUCCCGGAGGACGAGGGGGAGUACAUGUGCAAGGCUGUGAACAGCAGGGGCACAGCAGCAAGUACCUGCAUUCUCACAAUAGAAACUUAUGACUACUGAAGCCUCUCCCUGUUGUUUUUCAAUGUAAAACAUCAUCCACUGUGGUCAAAUGGUAGAGGGACGGACAGUAUGCUUGGCAUUCCUAAGACAAGGAUACACAGCACAUGCACGCACAUGCACAAGAAAUUAUGUUGUUUACGUAUUGCUCAAUGAAAAAUGCUGCCCACCCUGCAGGGAUUUUGGAUUAUACCUGUGCCAAAACAGACAGAUUCCUGUUUCAACACCAGGGGUCGCAUUGUGCUUCAAAUAUGUUAUUGUUGCAAAACCUCAACAAUGUUAAUCAGUUCAAAAUGCUGUUGAUCUACAUUGUAAAUAUCACACUUUUAUAGUCCAUAAACAGCAAACAAGACUAAUCAGAUCUCACAUCGAGAGGCAACACUUAUCAAAGUACGACUGCAACAGUCACAUUUUGCAGGAAAUAAAUUCAUGUGUACAUCCCAAUUUUUAUAUGCAGAAUCUGA